AUGGACGAGCUGAUCACGCUGAUUCCUCGUGGCAGGGCCAGCAAUUUCACCUGGAGGGACAAGGAACCUCUGCACAGCAAAACUACUGCAGCAGCCAGCCAGCCCCAGCAGCCUCCAGCACCCCCUGCCAGCUGGAGCCUCUCCCCAAGGGCUGCCAGGCUCCAGGCACAGCAAGGGAAUGAGGAGGGGCAGGAGGAGCAGGGGCAGCAGGGGCUCAGCUUCAAAUGCCUCCGUUCUUUCCGACACAAGAUCAGUGAGGACAACUGGAGGAGGCCACAGGGCCCAAGCCUUGAGCCUGGCAGCGAGGAACCAGAGGAAAAGAAAAUAGCUCUGGAGCUGCUGGAGACAGAACAGGCUUAUGUCAAUCGCCUCCACCUCCUCGACCAGGUAUUCUAUACAGAGCUGAUGAGAGAAGCCAAAACUGGGAAGACUGUCCCAGAGGAGGUGGUGAAAAUGAUCUUUUCCAACAUCUCUUCCAUCUACCAGUUCCAUGCCAAUUUCUUCCUGCCAGAGCUGCGGAAACGCAUGGAAGAUUGGAACCGCAACCCCCGGAUUGGGGAUGUGAUCCAGAAACUCGCACCGUUCCUCAAGAUGUAUGGUGAAUACGUGAAGAACUUCGACAAGGCUGUGGAGCUCAUCACUGUCUGGUCAGAGAAAUCACCACCCUUCCAGGAGGUCAUUGCUGAUAUCCAGAAGAGGAAGGUCUGUGCUAACCUAACGCUGCAGCACCACAUGCUGGAACCUGUGCAGAGGAUCCCACGCUACGAACUCCUCCUGAAAGAUUAUGUCAGGAAACUCCCACCCAAGUCCCCUGACCGGGGUGAUGCUGAGAAGGCCCUGGAGAUGAUUUUUAUGGUGGCCAAGCACUCCAAUGCAGCUAUCGCCGAGAUGGAACGGCUGCAGAAUCUCUGGGUGGUCUAUCAGCGUCUGGGCCUUGAGAAUGACAUUGUGGAUCCCUCCAAUGAGCUGAUCAAGGAGGGACCCAUCCAAAAAAUCUCCACCCGCAACAACAGUACAUCGGAGAAGUACCUGUUCCUGUUCAACAACAUGCUCCUGUACUGCGUGCCCAAGGUCAUCCAGGUGGGCGCCGAGUUCCAGGUCCACCACCGCAUCGACGUCGACGGCAUGAAGGUGCGGGAGCUGAACGACACAGAGUUCCCUCACACCUUCCUGGUCUCGGGAAAGCAGAGGACACUGGAGCUGCAAGCUAGGUCUGGGGAGGAGAUGGACGCCUGGAUCAAGGCCUUCCAGGAUGCCAUUGACAGGAAGGAGAAGAGGAGUGAGACUUUUAAGACAGCAGUGCAUGGUCUGGACACAGACACCCCUGCAUUAAAGACAGAGGAGCUGGGCCGCCGAGCUCCACAGUGGGUGAGAGACAACCUGGUGACCAUGUGCAUGCGCUGCAAGGAGCCCUUCAACGCCAUCACCCGCCGGAGACACCACUGCCGAGCCUGUGGAUAUGUGGUUUGUGCUCGCUGCUCUGACUACAAGGCAGAGCUGCAGUAUGAUGGGAACCGCCUGAGCCGUGUCUGCCAGGAGUGUUACGUCUUCCUGACAGGCCACGUGGUGGUUGAGGACCGGGAAGAGAAGCACAAAGGCAUCCUGGAGAAAGGAGCUGCAGAGGUAUCAAGCAGGAGUUUGCUCUGCAGUUCCCUGCAGCUGCUGGACAAGAAUGGCAAGGGAGGCACGAGGGGCUGGUUUGUGAUCCCACAGGAUGAUCCCCUCGUGCUGUAUGUCUAUGCAGCCCCCCAGGAUGUCCGUGCCCACACCUCCAUCCCCCUGCUGGGCUACCAGGUGAGGGACCCCCGCCACCCCUUCCAGCUGGCACAGUCCCGGCAGGUGUACACCUUUGUGGCUGAUACUGCCGAGCUGAAACAGCGCUGGAUGAGAGCCAUGACACGUGCUGCCAUGGGCAUCACAGACCUGGAGGAGGAGGAGGAGGAGGAUGCAGACCCGUGUGACGGAGCAGAGUGA